CUUUGCUUUUCCUUUGGAUGGGGAUCCUCUGUGUCCUUCCCGAGCUUCCACGUGACGGACACGUCUCUCUCUCACCUGGCCGUGCACAGACAUACCGGAGACGUGUACGUGGGAGCUGUGAACAGAGUAUACCGUCUGUCGGAGAAUCUGACGGAGCUUCGUUCGCAUUUGACCGGUCCCAUCGAAGACAAUUCGCGCUGCUACCCCCCGCCGAGCGUGCGCGCCUGCAGCCACAAGCUGUCCCCGUCGGAUAACGUCAACCGGCUCCUUCUCAUAGACUACGCGGGGCAGCGCGUGGUGGCCUGCGGGAGCGUGUGGCAGGGCAUCUGCCAGUUCCUCCGUCUAGACGAUCUCUUCAAGCUGGGGGAGCCCCACCAUCGCAAGGAGCAUUACCUAUCGGGGGCCCGUGAGCCCGACUCCAUGGCCGGGGUCAUCGUGGAGCAGGACGCAGAGCAGAGCAAGCUCUUCAUCGGAACGUCUAUUGACGGCAAGUCGGAGUAUUUCCCGACGCUGUCCAGCCGCAAGCUGGUCCGAGACGUGGAGAGUGCCGAGAUGUUCCGCUUGGUCUACCAGGACGAGUUUGUGUCCUCGCAGAUCAAAGUCCCCUCCGACACGCUUUCCCUUCACCCCUCGUUCGACAUCUUCUACGUCUACGGCUUCGUCAGCGGGGGCUUCGUCUACUUCCUGACGCUGCAGCUGGACACGCAGCAGACCUUGCUGGACGCCACGGGCGAGAAGUUUUUCACCUCCAAGAUCGUGCGCAUGUGCUCCGGAGACCCCGAGUUCUACUCGUACGUCGAGUUCCCCGUCGGCUGCACCAAGGACGGGGUGGAGUAUCGGCUCAUCCAGAGCGCGUACCUCAGCAGGCCCGGCCGGAAGCUCGCGCAGGUGCUGGGGAUACCCGAGGACGAGGAGGUGCUGUACACAGUCUUCUCUCAGGGGCAGAAAAACCGCUCCAACCCCCCCCGGGAGUCCGUUCUCUGCCUCUUCACUCUCAGCCAAAUUAAUAAGCGCAUUAAAGAACGGAUCCAGUCCUGUUACCGCGGAGAGGGGCGGCUCUCGCUGCCUUGGCUGCUCAACAAGGAGCUUCACUGCAUCAACACGCCUAUACUCAUUAACGAUGGCUUCUGUGGCCUGGCUCUGAAUCAGCCCAUCGGUGGUCUGCAAGUUAUUGAAGGGAUGCCGCUGUUUCAGGAGAAGGUGGAUGGCAUGUCCAGCGUUGCCGCAUAUAGCUAUAACCAGCACUCCGUGGUGUUUGUGGGCACACGCGCAGGUACCCUUAAAAAGAUCCGAGUGGACAGCCCUUCAGAGGCCGCCCUGUAUGAGAGUAUCUCGGUUGUCGGUGGACGGCCUAUCCUGCGCGACAUGGUGUUCAGCCCGGAUUGGCAGGCUGUGUACCUUCUGAGUGACAAACAGGUUAGCAGGGUGCCUGUGGAGAGUUGCCAGAAAUACGACUCGUGCAGAUCGUGCCUGGGGUCCGGGGACCCGCACUGCGGCUGGUGUGUCCUUCACAACAGGUGCUGCCGGCAGAGUGAGUGUGAGCGAGCGGAGGAGACUCAUCGAUUCACCACCAACAUCACUCAAUGUGUUCGCCUCGACGUGACUCCAAACAAUGCGUCUGUGAGCGUCCCGGAGCAGAGGCUGGUCUUGUCAGUGCAGAACGUUCCGGACCUGUCCGCCGGCGUCACCUGUUCCUUCGGGGAUAUCGCGGAAACGGAAGCGAUGCUGGAGGAUGGGCACAUUCGUUGCUCGUCUCCCUCGCUGCGUGACCUUCCUGCCGUUUCUACCGGAUACGGCGCCACACAAACCGUCCAGCUCCAGCUCCGAUCCAAGGAGACCGGCCUGAGAUUUGCCCAAACGGACUUUGUUUUCUACAACUGCAGUGUCCUCCAGUCGUGUCUGACGUGCGUGAGCAGCUCGUACUCGUGCCACUGGUGCAAAUACCGGCACGUGUGUACUCACAACGCAGAGGACUGCUUCUUCAUAGAGGGCCGCGUGAACAGCACGGAGGGCUGCCCAGAGAUCAUCCCCACAGGAGAGAUCCUCAUACCAGUCGGGGUGGUUCAGCCGAUUACCCUCAAAGCCAAGAACUUACCCCAGCCACAGUCAGGGCAGAAGAACUAUGAGUGCAUCUUCCAUAUCCAGGGAAAGGUGCAGCGCGUCCCGGCGGUCAGAUUCAAUAGCAGCAGCGUCCAGUGCCAGAACACCUCUUACACGUAUGAAGGGAACGAGUCUGGGGACCUCUCCGUGGGAUUCUCCAUUGUUUGGGAUGGACAUUUUCACAUCGAUAAACCCGACACGUUCAGAGCUCUCCUGUACAAGUGCCCGGCCCAGCGUGAGAGCUGCGGGCUUUGCCUGAAAGCGGAUCCACGUUUUGAGUGUGGCUGGUGUGUGUCGGAGGGCAGGUGCCUGCUGCGCCAAUACUGUCCGACUCCCAAAUCAAACUGGAUGCAUCUCAGUAAGCGGAACACGCGCUGCACCAACCCCAGGAUUAGUGAGGUCCAUCCUGUGACCGGGCCCCGGGAGGGCGGGACCACAGUAACUAUUAACGGGGCAAAUCUCGGGCUCCUGGCACGGGAGGUGUGGGUGCAGGUGGCCGGGGUGCAGUGCACGUCUGUGCCUGCCCAGUACGUCAGCGCCGAAAGAAUUGUUUGUGAAAUGGAGGAGUCGUUGGUCCCGAAUCCUGCGCCCGGGGUAGUUGAGCUGUGUGUCGGAGACUGCAGUGCCGAGUACCGGACCCAGUCAGAGCAGCUCUAUACAUUUGUGACCCCCGGUUUCCACGCUGUAAGCCCUUUAAGAGGUCCAGCAGCGGGUGGCACGCGUCUCACCAUCAGCGGCCGGAACCUGGAUGCCGGCAGCUCUGUGUCUAUACUGCUGAAGGAUUCCGAGUGCCGGUUUGUCAGGAGGAGUCUGCGAGAGAUCGUUUGCAUUUCACCGCCAUCUUCUCAGGGCCCGAGCCUGGCGUCCAUUACCUUAAAGAUUGAUAAAGCGAGCGUGAGGAACCCCAACGUCAGUUACCUUUACACCGAGGACCCCACCAUUUUGCGGCUCGAGCCAACAUGGAGUAUUUAUAACGGCAGUACCGGAAUCACAGUAACCGGCACGAACCUACUGACCAUCCAGGAGCCACGCGUGCGCGCCAAGUAUUCCGACAUGGAAACAGUUAAUACCUGCCACAUUCUGAAUGACACCCUAAUGCUGUGCAAAGCCCCUGGGAUCCUGCCCCCUGCUGAGGACCUUACGCCAGAAGAAGGGGUGCAGCCGGACGAGUUUGGGUUUGUCUUGGAUAAUGUGACCGGUCUGCGCUCUCUGAACUUCACGUCCUUCACGUACUUCCCGAACCCCACUCUGGAGCCCUUUGGACCUGGCGGCACCUUGGAGAUCAAACCCGGCUCGCAUGUGAUUCUCAAGGGAAGGAACCUGCAGCCUGCUGCCCCCGGAGGCGCCAAGCUGAAUUACACCGUGCUGAUCGGAGACGUGCCGUGCUCCUUCACCGUGUCGGACACGCAGCUGGUGUGUGACUCUCCCAGCCAGACGGGGGAACACCGCGUCACCGUCCUAGUUGGGGGACUGGAGUAUACCCCGGGCACCCUGAGGAUCUACGCCGACAGCUCGCUGACCCUGCCGGCCAUUGUUGGGAUUGGUGCAGGAGGAGGGCUUCUGUUGCUCGCUAUUAUUGCCGUGCUCAUCGCCUAUAAAAGGAAAACCCGCGAUGCCGAUCGCACCCUCAAAAGGCUUCAGAUGCAGAUGGAUAAUUUGGAGUCUCGCGUAGCUCUGGAAUGCAAAGAAGCAUUCGCUGAGCUCCAGACGGACAUCAACGAGCUGACCAAUAACAUGGACGGAGUCAAGAUCCCCUUUCUGGAUUAUAAAACCUACGCCAUGCGCGUCCUGUUCCCUGGCAUCGAGGAUCACCCAGUGCUGAAGGAGCUGGAUAUCCCACCCAAUGUGGAAAAGGCUCUUCGCCUCUUCGGGCAGCUCCUGAAUAACAAGACGUUCCUUCUGACGUUUAUUCAUACCCUGGAGGCUCAACGCAGCUUUUCGAUGCGUGACCGUGGCAACGUGGCAUCCCUGACCAUGGUCACACUACAAGGACGCAUGGAGUAUGCCACGGUUUUACUGAAACAGCUGCUCAGUGACCUGAUCGAGAAGAACCUGGAGAGUAAGAACCACCCAAAGCUGUUGCUGCGCAGGACAGAGUCUGUGGCAGAGAAGAUGUUAACGAACUGGUUCACGUUUCUGCUGUACAAGUUUCUGAAGGAGUGUGCUGGGGAGCCCCUGUUCAUGCUAUUUUGCGCCAUCAAACAACAAAUGGAAAAGGGGCCGAUCGAUGCCAUCACUGGGGAGGCGCGAUACUCGCUGAGCGAGGACAAGCUGAUUCGGCAACAGAUUGACUACAAAGUGCUGACCCUAAGCUGCAUUUGCCCGGAAAGUGAAAACGGGACCGAGAUUCCGGUGAAAGUCCUGAACUGUGACACGGUGACCCAGGUUAAGGAUAAGCUCCUGGAUGCCGUCUAUAAGGGGAUUCCUUACACCCAGAGGCCAAAAGCUGAAGACAUGGACUUGGAAUGGCGUCAGGGUCGGAUCACCCGCGUAAUCCUGCAGGAUGAGGACGUUACCACGAAGAUCGAGUGCGACUGGAAGAGGCUGAACUCGUUGGUGCAUUACCAGGUCACAGAUGGCUCCACGGUGGCUCUAAUUCCCAAGCAGGUGUCUGCCUAUAACAUCACCAACUCGUUCACCUUUACGCGCUCUCUCAGCCGAUACGAGAGUCUCCUGCGGACAUCCAGCAGCCCGGACAGCUUGCGCUCUCGCGCCCCCAUGAUUACUCCGGACCAGGAGACUGGCACCAAACUGUGGCACCUUGUGAAAAAUCACGACCACACUGAUCACAAAGAGGGUGAUCGUGGCAGCAAAAUGGUGUCUGAGAUCUACCUGACCCGGUUAUUGGCCACCAAGGGAACGCUGCAGAAGUUUGUCGAUGACCUUUUUGAGACCGUGUUCAGCACCGCGCACAGGGGCAGCGCCCUUCCUCUCGCCAUCAAAUACAUGUUUGACUUCUUAGAUGAGCAAGCAGAUCGUCGGCAAAUCACCGAUCCGGACGUUCGUCACACCUGGAAAAGCAACUGCCUCCCACUGAGAUUUUGGGUGAAUGUGAUCAAGAACCCCCAGUUUGUCUUUGACAUUCACAAGAGCAGCAUCACAGACGCCUGUCUCUCGGUGGUGGCUCAAACCUUCAUGGAUUCAUGUUCCACCUCUGAGCAUCGGCUGGGAAAGGACUCUCCGAGUAAUAAGCUGCUCUACGCCAAGGACAUCCCCAACUACAAGACCUGGGUGGAGAGGUACUACAGAGACAUCAGUAAAAUGCCACCCAUCAGUGACCAGGACAUGGAUGCCUACCUGGUGGAACAAUCGAGGCUUCACGCCAAUGAGUUUAACUCUCUGAGCGCUCUCAGUGAACUCUACUUCUAUGUGAACAAAUACCGCGAGGAGGUUCUCACCGCGAUGGACCGCGAUUCCUACUGCCGGAAACACAAACUGCGCCAGAAGCUGGAACAGGUCAUCAACAUGGUGUCAAGUAACAGCUGAGUCUUCAGAGGCUGUUGCCACCCCUUGUUCCCUCAGAUCAGCUCUGUGUCCCCGGGACCCUGCGACGAGCCAAAAACUGAUAGUUAAGGUCUGACUUGGAGAACUACCCCAAGAAGCCCGGGACGGGGAGGGGUUGCCACGUGAAGCUACGGCACUGCCACAGGGCGACUUGCUGUCUCCAGACCUGCGCAUUGGGUGCCUUGUGCUUUCUGCGCGGAUGGCAGAUCCCGAUCCCGCUCAGUGCCCGGCUCCAGCCUCUCGCUUUGUCCAUGUUUCUGUAACACGUUAAGCCAUAUGACUCGGAGGGGCCCUGUGUCUCGGUUCCCCACAGAUAAUUUCACUGCACUAUCGUCCCCCACCUCCUGCUGCUCUCGCCAUGCGGUCACCAGUCUGUCCCGGUUUUAUCAUGCGUGGCUGGCCCCAUUACCCGCAGAGGGCGCCGUGUGAUGAGGGGCCCCUGUGAUUAAGCGUGUAGGAAGUAGGAGGGGCCCCUGUGUCUUGUGUUGAAUUUGGGUAAUUUGUAUUCGGAUUUUGUGCCAUGCAAUAUCAGUGCUGAUUUUCCUUGUGGGGGUGUUAAGGGGGGGGGG